CGAAGGGAAGACUACAGUCGAAACGCAGAGGUAAAUAAAAAGGCGGGUGGAUACAUCAUAAAGCCCACAAAAUGGCGGCGGUAUUGAACGGUAAAGCAGAAGAAAUGCAGAGGAGAAAACUGCAAUAGAAGGAUACAAACAUGGCGUCUGCUGAUUUGAGAGAGGAGGUAACUUGCCCAAUCUGCCUGAGCAUUUAUACAGAUCCUGUAACUCUCAGCUGUGGCCAUACCUACUGUCUGAGCUGUAUUAACAGAACAUGGGACAACCAGGAUGAGGGAGAGUAUUCCUGUCCUGAAUGUCAACAGAGGUUUAGGAGGAGACCUGAACUCAACAGGAACCUGAGGCUGCGUAAUAUAGCAGAGACUUUCCAACCUACUGAGCCUGUAAAUCAGAUCUUCUGCACUUACUGUGUUCACUCUCCUGUACCUGCUACUAAAUCCUGUCUGCUGUGUGAGGCUUCUCUGUGUGAUACCCACCUGAGAGUACACAGCAAGUCUGAGGAACACGUCUUAACUGAACCCACCAAUUCCUGGGGUAACAGAAAAUGCUACAAACACAAGAAGCUCCUGUUAUAUUACUGCACUGAGGAUGCUGCCUGUAUCUGUGAGUCCUGCUCCCUGGCCGGAGAGCACAGGGGAUACCAGGUGGAGCUGCUGAAUGAGGCUUCUGAGAAGAAGAAAGAGAAACUGAGAGAUGUUCUGCAGAAACUGACCACAAAGAGAGAGAAGACUGAGAAAAGAGUCCAGAGUCUGCAGGAGCACAGGAGAGGGGUGCGAGAGAAAGCAGCUGGUGUAACAGAGGGACUCACUGCCCUGAUUAGGGACAUCAGGAAACAGCUGAAAGACCUAGAGAAGCGAGUCCUGAGUGAGAUCACCCGGCAGCAGGAGCAGGUUUUACUCACAAUCUCUGAUCUGAUCCAGCAGCUGGAAAAAGAGAAGGACGAGCUAACCAGGAAGAUGAGUCACAUUGAGGAGCUGUGCAACAUGACUGACCCAUUAACUGUCCUACAAGAACAGGAAUCACACAGAGAUGACUUUUGUGGUGCUGAGAAGGGAGAUAAUGAGGUCACACAGAGAGGUGAUAAACAGGUCACUGCUGAGGGGGAAUUAGAUGAGGAUCUGAUCUCAGUGACCUUAUACAGAGGAUUUAAUGAUAUUGUGGGUGAUGUAAUGAAAAGACUUUAUGUGCACGAGGAAGACAUAUUACUGGAUACAAACACAGCUAAUAAUAGAGUAGUUAUAUCCGAUGAUCUAAAGACUGUAUCCUGGUCACAUAUAUACAAGCAGCUACCAGUAACACCAGAGAGAUUUACAGAUCAUCCUCAGGUAUUAAGCACUAGGAGCUUUUCCUCAGGACGACAUUACUGGGAAGUGCAGAUCAGUAAACCAGGGCUCUGGUGUGUAGGGGUUUGUUAUACCAGUAUGGGGAGGGGAGGAGAUGAGUCUAUGAUGGGACAUAAUAAGAAGUCCUGGUGUUUGUAUGGUGGUGAUACAGAUCUUUACAUGUUACAUAACUCAACAUACACCUCAUUACAUCACUAUCUAUCAUGUGACAGAAUAGGAAUACUGCUGGACUAUGAGGCUGGGCGUCUGACCUUUUAUGACCUUGAUGACCGAAUCAGUCACUUACACACCGUCACUACCACCUUCACUGAGCCUCUUCAUGCUGCAUUCUGUAUAAUUAAGGCCUUUGUCAAAAUCAUGAGCUAGAUACACUGACCAUAAUAAUAAUGCUGCUCCCUGUAAGCCAGUGAUGUUUGUGUAUUGUGCACAUUGUGUAUGAACUAGGGAUGAAAUAAAUAUCUGUGUAUGAGA